CGGAAGCGGCUGUACGGCGUGCGGAGGCGGCGGAGGUGGACCGUGCGGCUGCGGAGUGUACGGCGGCGGAGGCGAGGUCACGGGCGGAGGCGGCGGAGGCGGAGGCGGUUCGGCAACGUACGGAGGCGAAUGAGCAGCGAAGUCAGCUGGAGCAGCUCACCCACCAACUAUCCUCCGCACGCUCCUGUAAUGCGACACUGGCGGCGGCUCUUACGGAGGCACGCGAGGAGCUGGCGGCUAAGCAGGAAUUGGCAGCGGAACUGCAACGAGAGGCGGCGCGGGCGGGAAUGGCGGCGGCGGCGGCGCAGGAACAGCUGGCGGCAGAGGCGGCGGCGCAGGCGGCGGUGACGGCGCGGGCAGCGGAGCUGGAAGCGGCGGUGGCGGCGGUGACGGCGCGGGAGGAGGCGUUGCGAGAGGAGAUUGAGUCGCUGGGAGCCAAGCUUGUGGAGGCUGCUGACGAGACGACCCGCCUUCAGCACCAGACCCAGGCAGCCCGAGCGGCGUCAGAGGCGCUGCAUGGGCAGCUGUCGAGGCUGCAAGGGCGGCUGGAGGCGGCAGAAGGGCAGCUGGAGGGGAUGCAGGGAGAGUUGGAGGCGGCGGUGAAUCGCGGCGUGCAGCUGCAGCGACGUAUCGCGUGCAUGAGUGGAC